AUGACAACAGAAGUGGGAGAAAACAUUAUUCUUUACAAGACUGCUCAAGAGAUCUGGGAGGUAGCCAAAGAAACCUACUCAAGCACUGAAAACUCCUCUGAACUAUUCAAAUUCGAGACUAAGUUGUAUGAUUUGCGCCAAGGUGAUCUUUCUGUCACUCAGUACUUUCAUCUUCUAUCCCGAAUCUGGCUUCAACUAGAUUUAUUUGAGACCCAUCCCUGGAAGUGUGUUGAUGAUGAUGCCAGUUAUCGUUCUGUAGUCAAUCAGAAAAGAACUAUCAGAUUCUUACUUGGCCUCAACAAAGAUUUAGACGGUGUUCGCAGUCAGGUCAUGGGAACCCAUCCUCUACCUACAUCCCGUGAAGCCUUCUCUACUGUCCGUCAAGAAGAAAGUCGUAAAAAACUUAUGAUGCCCCAGUCCAAUAAUCUUAUCACCGAGGGAUCUGCCCUCUUCACCAACACUUCUACUCAUCAUGGUAAAUCCCAGAAAUCUCAAGGGCGUCCAUGGUGUGAACAUUGUAAAGUCCCUGGUCAUUGGAAACAUGGUUGUUGGAAGCUCCAUGGAAAGCCAGCAGACUGGAAACCCUCAAGUGCUCGUUUCAAUAAAGAAAAUAGAGCCAAUCUUACUACUUAUCCCGAGCCUUACAACAAUGAGAUCCAGACUAUCAAAAAUCAGUUGGAGGCAUUGACAAAGAUGAUGCAAAAUAACUCAACCUCUGAUCCAAACACCACAGGUACUACUGAACAGUCCACCAGCUUACUAGUUCAUAAAGGUAAAAUCAUUUAUGCUCUUCAUACUUCUUAUGGAAAUGGCAAUGCAACCUGA